AUGUCGAACGCGAUAGAGGAUCCCCGGGUCAGGGCGGCCAUUGAGCACUACCUGUUAGAUCUGGAGAACACCCAGCCGAAGAAUACGAAGCGAAAUUAUCGUCCCAAGCAGGAAGAAUGGAAGGAGUGGUGUCAAGCCAACUGGCCUGCGAUCCCGGACGUUUGGCCGGCCUCGGUACCACAGGGCCAACAGCUACCGGGAGACCUGGUCGAUGAAGGAAAGCUCUUGCUCUUCAUGAAGGAGGUAGUGGCAUCACGUCCUCCAAAGAAAGGAAAGAGGGUCGCCGAUGAAAGAAAACGACACCUCGAGGCUCAGGAAGCCAAGAGGGCCGUGAAAAGACGCAGAGCACCAUCAGAUACCAUCGUUGUAGGCGGCGGAGGUAGCGAAUACGAGUCAGACUCCGACUUGGAGUUGUAUGAGUCCACGCUCAAACUACAGUAUAAUACUAUACCCGACCACACCAACGUGGCAUGGUCCGAGAGGAAAGAGAUCGCCUGCGCCCUGAGGACGCAGGUGGACUUUCUGCUCGGGAACCACAUGCUGCUGCGGUCCGGCAACCGCCUGCCGAUGGAGUUGGCAGACUGCUUUCCCCUGGACUUACCCAACGAGGGCUGCAAGGCCCAGGGGUAUACCACGAAGGCGCUGGUUGUCGUGAUGAACUGUGGGAAGACCAACCAGCACGGCCGCAUGGAGUAUGGAUCUGCUCUGCGGCAUCGAGAUCCGCGGUCUUGUCUCAUCGGCGCCCUCGCGUUCUGGCUUUUCUGGCGCUGGCAGGUAGAAAAGGCGGAAAGGUUUCCCGUCUUCCAAAGAAGCGAAGACUGGUAUGAAACGAAGGUGCUCCGCCGAUCGGCGAAGGAGCCUCAAGCUCCGUUGUCGGGCCAGACUGCCCGAGAAUGGACGUCCAGGUUCUACAAGAAGGCCGGCAUCAAGGUCUCCAAGGUCAGCCAUGCGCCUAGAGUGGCCGCGACGCAAAACGCCGACAUGGCCGGAGUGGAUGAAGGCCAGAUCCGCCGAGCCGGUCGUUGGAAUAACGGAGACCAAAUGACCGGCUGCUAUCUGACUUCCCUGCCUUUCGAAUUCAUGAGGGCCGUGGCCGACUUUGACCCUGAAUAG